CACAACAUAACAAGAAGCCUUGUAAUACUCGGCAUCCAUCACCUGCAUGGAGAAACUAGAUAUGCUUACACGCCAUAAACUGCUAGGGCUAAAACCAAGCUAAAAGAUGCAGAUACUCUGUUCAAGUGUUACCCAUUGCAUAAAAAAUGGGCGUCCAUGUACCCAUUGCAUUAUUCAGUUGAGCAUCAUGCGCCAUGAUGGACGGGACGCCCGGCAAAACGGGUCUAUAUAAACACCGUAGCCUUUCCCCGUGCCACCCGCCUUCAUCAUACUCCCUCACAAAGCAGAAAGCCGGGGAGCGCCAAAGCCAGCCGGCGACCGGCAUCUCCACGGCCUAUCAACACGCCGCACGCGCUCGCACCAAGCAGUAGGGAGGAGGCGGAGGCAUGGGGAACAGCCUGCGGUGCUGCCUGGCGUGCAUGCUCCCCUGCGGCGCGCUGGACGUUGUCCGCGUGGUGCACCUCAGCGGGCACGUCGACGAGUUCACCUGCCCGCUCGCCGCGGCCGACGUCCUCGCCGCGCACCCCAACCACGCGCUCACCGACGCCUGGUCGGCCGGCGCGGCCAGGAAGAUCGUCAUCCUGUCGCCGGACUCCGAGCUCAAGCGCGGGCGCAUCUAUUUCCUCAUCCCCUCCGCGUGCUCCGCGCCCGCCGCCGAGAUGAAGAAGAAGCGCAGGAGCCGCGCCGCCGCCAGCAACAAGAAGAGGCAUGGGCACCGCAAGGGCGGCGCUGCGGUCGCGGCGAGCAGCACGGCGGAGCAGGACAACUACCUGCGGGAGCUGCUGUCGGAGAAGCGCGUGGCGAGCCACCGGCGGCGGCGGAGCAGCGCCCGCCCCGGCGUGUGGCGGCCGCGGCUGGAGAGCAUAGCGGAGGAGGAGCCGUCAGAGUAGCUCUGCUCCACGAGCUUUCUACUAGCUCGCCCAUUUUUCUUUCUUUCUCUCCUUUCCGAUCUUCCGAUGUGAAUACCAAGAAUCAUCGGCCGGCGAGGAAGCGUUUUGGGUCCUCCCUCCCGGCGCGUUCGAUCGAUGAUCUCCCUGUCUGUGUGUAAGCAUCUUCAGGGCUGCAGCUUGAGCGCUCUUUGCCUCGGAAGUUGAGUGGAAAACUGGAGAGGAAAAAAAAAGCCAGAGCGAUUGUAAGAUCCAAGCUAAUCUGUACAAACCGAAUUUAAUUUGAAUUCAUUUGGUUCUUGUUUACUCCAA